UUUAAAUACCUGCACCCAGACUGAAGAGUGACACUCAUCGUGGGGGUUCUGUCCCAAAUCAUUGCCAACAUGAAGACGGUAUUGUGCACUCUGGCAGUCUGCCUCUUAAUCUUUCGACCGACACAUGCCGGUCCCUUGGAAAGCGACGUUUCCCACAACGAAAAGGCCACGAGUGAACUGGAAGACCUCCUGCCCAACAGCUGCAGCAUUUGUUUUGGAACUCGAGGCCCACGAGGUCUUCCUGGAAAGGAUGGGCCUGCCGGACCACAAGGUGUGCCAGGCAACCCGGGCAGUGUCGGUCCUGCUGGACCACUGGGCCCAACUGGCUCACCUGGCCCAGCUGGGAGCUCUGGACCUGCUGGACCAGCUGGUCCCCCUGGUAACAACGGCCUGAGAGGGGAACCAGGCAACACUGGUCCUCCUGGACCCCCUGGGAGUCCUGGAACUCCAGCUGCAACGAACCGCAUCUCCUGCAGAAACGUCUCCAGCAGAGGUGCCACCGCGAGUUGCCCUACAGGUUACAUCGCGUUGUCGUGCUCAUGUGGAAGCGCGUGUGGUUCGUGGGACAUCCCAAACGACAGCACGUGUCACUGCCAGUGCGGUGGGAUCGACUGGACAUCGGCGCGGUGCUGUCAGCUGGCCUGAGACGGAUCGGCGGUGCAGAUGGGAGAACAAUAAUUGUUCUGUGAAGUAGAGACGAUUAUUUUUUAUUAUUAAAUCUAAUUCGAUAGGAUACUUCAACUAUCUUUUUUCCUUGGAACAGAAUGCAGCACAUUGCAAAUGCAGAGAGCAUCUAUUUUCACCAAGUAUCGUGCAGAAAUGUAAUCUCACAAGACAUUUUUGCUGCUUAAUUUCGUCUGCAAACCUCUGAAGUGAUUUGUCGUUUAUAUGUCCCAUGUGUAUUGAAUAAAAAAAAAUAUAUAGCAAAGUGUUGAACUUGACUACACAGAUUUGUCUGUUGGUGCAUGAUAACAUGUCUUUCUAUGGAUAUAUUUUUUAAUGAACCAAUAUGGGGAAAAAAAAUCUGGAUUUUAUAAGAUACCUGUCAACCCCUUAUCAGUGCCUACCUUAUUACAGACCAAUUCAGACCUUGUUGGUCACCCCGUGCCCUUAUAAAUCUCAACGUUCAUCCGACAAAGUCCCAUCAAAAGGAAGAAACACAAACAAAUAGACAAAACAAUGUCCGUAUUGAAAGGACUGCACGCUGUAUGGACCUGAAAACUCAAUGUCUCUGUACAAGAAUACGGGUACACCAUAUGGGUUGACAGGUAUGUUGUAAACACAUAUGCUGAUUUUGGUGAAGCUCAUUUCUAUUGAGAUAAAUGACAUUUGAUUUUUCCUAAUAAAUGCUUGUUGAUGUUA